GCUGUAUUCUUUGAGACUCGUGUAUUUGGCAGCAGUAUCGCCCGUACGCUCAGAACGUGCCUCCCCUCAGCACUCUCAUCGGGAAGGCAUUUCCACGAGUUAUAUGCCAUCAUAAGGAAGUAUCAAGUUAAGGUCACAUCUGUUUGCCAAAAAAGGGAAUAUGGAUCUACUCGAAGUCUUGUCCGUAGACUUGGGACAAUUCUGUCCUUGGAGCCCUCCCCAAGACCUUAUUUUCAACUUGUUCAAGACCCAAGUCCAUUGGGUUCUGAUGAACAAUGUACAGCUCCAGCUCCUGUGGCUCCAUCACUUGCUGAUGUCCUGUGGGUGGCAAAUGAUGAAGGACAAGCAUUUACUAGACUGAGGACUAAAUUAUGGAGAAAAGAGAAAAGUACAGCUCAUGACGACCUGUAUCCAUCUAUAGAUCCAAUACAAAGCGUUCCAAAAAAUGGUACACAAAAAGACAAUACGGUUGGUCAAGCAGCACUCCAGAAAAUUUCUGCACUUGAAGAUGAGCUAACCUUUCUUCGUGCUCAGAUUGCUGCAAUUGUUUCGGCACAGACACUGGGAAGCAUUCCAUCACAAGCCUUUAAAACUGUCAGCACUCCAGAUGGAUUUUACCCAGUGCCAGCCAUGACUUCUACGCCAUUGUCCGUCUCUCACAAUCACUUCGUGAUUCCCUCACCUCCUCCACUUCCUUCUGCUGGACCAUCUGGUGUUGAUGCUAGUAAUUCUGCAACGGCACUCAUAAAACAACGUUGUGCUGCAGAAAACAGUGAUUCAGCUGCGACUGAUAGUGCUGGUCAUCAGAGGAUGAACAUUCCUUCCAUGAUGGAUGUUUUGAAAGACCUGAACAAAGUUCAGUUGCGAGCUACUCACAGGUCACCUGGAGGUACUCCACUUUCUAGACCCCCAAAGAGGCAAGGUUCAGACUGGGAUCCAGUGGCUAUACUAACUCAUGCACUGAAGCAGAAAUUUGCACAUCUAAGUGAUGAUGGAGAUGAUUCCCUGGACAAAGAAAAUCGAUCUUUUGAUAGCUCUUCAUUUUCUAGUCCAGAGAUCCCAAUGGUUGGACGUGGCAGUCUGAAGCCAAAUGCCAAACCUCACCUUAUCAGAACUGAUGAAGUUAAGCAGCCCCUCCCAUCCUACUUCCGGGUCCUCCAACCCUACUUCCGGUUCCUCUUGAUCUACUUCCUGUUCUUCUUGAUCUAUGUCCGGCUCCUCCAACCCUACUUCAGUGUCCUCUUGAUCUACUUCCGGCUCCUCCCUCCCUACUUCCGGUUCCUCUUGAUCUACUUCCGGGUCCUCCUUUCCUAA